GUUAAUUUAUAUAAUGGAUUAGGGCACCUUUAAAGCACUUAAAGUAAAAUUAACAGAUUACGAAAUACUUUAAACUUUGGGAACAGGUUCUUUUGGUAGAGUGAGAUUAGCAAAGCAUAAAUAGAAUGGUGAAUAUGUAGCUCUAAAAAUGCUGAAAAAAGCUGAAAUUUUAAGACUUAAAUAGGUAGAUCACAUACUAUCUGAGAAUACGAUUCUUUCUAAUAUUAGUCAUCCAUUUUUAGUAUCAUAUUUUUAUUUAUUAGAUAAAAAUGCUGGGAUUUUUUUAAGAUGAUAGAUAUCUGUAUUUUCUUUUAGAAUAUAUAUAAGGAGGAGAGCUAUUUACAUAUCUUAGAAAUAAGGGUAAACUUGAAAAUGAAGAAGCAUAGUAAAACAUGUAAAUAAAUUAGAUUUUAUGCAUCGUAAGUUGUUUUGAUGUUUGAAUAUCUACACGUAAAAAACAUUGUAUAUAGAGAUCUUAAACCUGAAAAUCUUCUUAUAGGUGCAGAUGGUUAUCUAAAAUUAACUGAUUUUGGAUUUGCUAAAUUUAUUGAUUCUAGAACUUAUACACUUUGUGGAACUCCAGAAUACUUAGCACCUGAAAUACUUCUUAAUAAAGGUUUAAAUUGAAAUUUAUAUUUAAAGGACAUGGUAAACCAGUAGAUUGGUGGUGUUUAGGAAUUUUAAUUUAUGAAAUGUUAGCAGGAAUUGAUCCAUUUAAUGAUGAAGAUCCUAUGGCAAUUUAUUAAAAAAUAUUAAAAGGAAAAGUUAAAUUUCCCAGAAACUUUGACAAGUAAAUUUUAUAUUCUAAAUAAAAUAUAGGGAAGCUAAAAGUCUUGUUAAACAUCUUUUAGUAGCAGAUUUAACAAAAAGAUAUGGAAAUUUAAAAGGAGGAGCAAAUGAUAUUAAAACUCAUAGAUGGUUUUAAAGUUUAGAUUGGGAAUUUUUACUUUAAAAAAAACUGUAGCCAAAAUAUAAACCUGUUGUGAAGUAAAUAUUUAUAAUAUAUGUAUAUUAGAAAUAAAGGUGAUACUUCAAAUUAUUCAACUUAUCCUGAUAGUACAGAAUUACCUAAACCAGUAAAACCAAAUGAUGAUCCAUUUAUUAAUUGGUGA